AUGCGAUCCAUAUCAGCUCUUCUGUUGUGUCUCGCUACAUUACUUUCUCCUCAGGCCCUCGCUGAAUCGGGUUCACCAAUAGCUAUCCGGAAGGUCGCCCCUGGUUCGCACGACAAGCUCCUUAGGGAGCAUCUCGCUUUCGCACCACUGCACAGUCUUACUCCGCGCGAAGCUGCUGCUGCCGCCAUAUCGUUUCUUGAAGAGCAAGAUGACAAACUCGUGAGCCUCAAUGGCACAGAGCGCCCCUACCGUCCAGCGUUCGCUCCUCACAGUGAAGAGUCCCACGAGAGCCUGCUGCGCCGAGCCGCAGAGGAGCGUGCCCUGAUGGAGCUACGAGUUGCUCUGCAGAACUUGGCGGAGGAUGCUGUAUUCCGGGAUAUGUUUGCCAAGGAUUGGGCUGUGAGCGUCCCCAGUGCUGUUGCUACACAGAGAACCACAACUCAGGAUCAAACGACAGUCCUCACACCUUCUCAAGAACCAACUUCAGGUGUAUCCACAGUCGAGCCUACUACCAAGACGGAAACAGAGGUUGGGACCACUGGAGAGCCUACGACUUCCGAAGUUGGAACCACAACUGAGACCGAAACUGAAGUCGACUCUGGAACAGAAGAUAGUACUGUGACCGCGACACCUACAGCGACUGGCUCGGCCACUGGAAUCGCUCCGUAUCGCCCAACUGGCACCUCGGUAACAUUAAGCGACGAUGGAGAGACACAAACAGGCUGUCCCACAGGCUUCUACGGCUGUCUCGCCACUCACGGAGGCGGGUGUUGUCGAACAGGUCGAAACUGUGAUGUUCAUGAUUGCCCUGCUCCUUCGACAACCAUCGUCUCAAACGGCGCGACUGUGGUCGUCCUUGCAACCGAUGCUCCACCUGCCCCGGGACCUUCAUCAACUUGCGCAGAUGGCUGGUUCCUUUGUGGUCGAGAUGCCGGCCCAGUCGCUGGAUGCUGUCCAGACGGAUAUGAUUGCGGCACAGCGAGUUGCUUCACAGCACAGGCCAGUGAAACCGGCCGUGUACAGAAGGAAUUCCCCAAGGCCGAUGCAGCCGCCUAUGAGAAGCCCGCCAUCACAUUGGCGGUGAUGAUGGCGGUGUUGUGUGUUGCGCUUGUAUGA